AUGAGUGUUGACCUUAGCCAUGUCCCUUUAAAGGAUCCUUUGCUUUUUAAAUCAGCUAGUGAUACAAAUCUGCAAAAAGGCAUUUCUUUUAUGGACUAUUUAUCAGAUAAACAUUUAGGGAAAAUAAGUGAAGAUGAAAGUAGUGGACUUGUUUACAAAAGUGGCUCAGGAGAAAUGGGAUCAGAAAUAAGUGACAAAAAGGAUUCAUUUUAUACAGAUUCAAGUAGUAUUUUAAACUACAGAGAAGAUUCGAAUAUGCUGUCAUUUGAUAGUGAUGGUAAUCAAAACAUACUUUCAAAUAGUUUAACUAGUAAAGGAAAUGAAACCAUACAGUCGAUCUUUAAAGCUGAAGAUUUGCUUCCAGAAGCAGCUUCACUCUCUGAAAACCUAGAAAUCAGUAAAGAAGAGACCCCUGCAGUUAGAACACUUAAAUCACAGUCAUCUUUAAGUGGAAAGCCUAAGGAACGUUACCCACCCAACGUGGCUCCUCUCUGUGUUUCUUAUAAGAAUAUGAAAAGAAGCUCUUCACAAAUGUCUUUGGAUACCAUUUCACUUGACAGCAUGAUAUUGGAAGAACAGUUGUUAGAAAGUGAUGGAAGUGAUAGCCAUAUGUUUUUGGAAAAAGGUAAAGUGGUAUGGUUUAAGAAUUUAUAUUACAUACAUACACCUUAGGAGAAAAGGUAUGCUUC